CAUUGCGGCUCGAGGUGGCAUGUGUCAUCGAGGGACGACCCCACUGCGGCCGGAGCCCGAAUGUCGCCGGUUUUCCUGACGUUGUUGAAGAAGCGCUGGAUGUGAAGACAGCGCCAUUUCUGUCGGCGUCCAUGAUACGCGAUGCUACCGCAGCGGAUUCCAGAGCCUGAGCUCGGAACGGCAGCGGGAGAGAAAUAGCCGCUCCCCUUUCCUCUCUGCUUCAGCCCACGGCAGGUACGUGAACCUCUGGUGUCGCAUCUUGUUUCUCGCCGCGGCGCCUCCGCUGAGUGUCCCUGCGUCUGAGUUGUGUCGGUGAAGUGAGACCUUCCCAAACAAUGGACCCCUCCGACUGAGACGCAAACACAUCUUGUGUUUUCUCAGCAGCUGAGAACUAUCAGCAGCUUAAGCCAUGCCUGACGAGUAAAAUAACCUUUUGCUUAAAGCAAUAAAAAAAAGAAAGAAAAAAAGCUACUACAUGUCUCCUCAUGUAGAGCUCCCUGGGUGCAUCCUGCUGGAGUGACUUCCCCCUCUUCCAGAUAGGUUCUGCCUGAUCCUCUCUCCGUACCCUUUUCCACCGACCACCCAUAUUUACCCAUCAUAAUGCUGCUCCGCCUGAGAAUGGCCAACACCUGAGGUCCCAUGCGUCCAGUGAGCACCGAUUCAGACGGUCCAGCUCCUCCUGAAAACUUCUCCUGCCCCUACCCCGUCGUGGGCCCCCUGCCUGCCUCAGAGAUGUCCCUUCUCCAGUCACUGGGUCCUGUGCAAAGCUGGCUUGGCCAGGAGCUUGAGAAGUGCGGGAUUGAUGCGAUGAUUUACACCCGCUAUGUCCUCAGCCUUCUCCUGCACGACAGUUACGACUACGACCUCCAGGACCAGGAAAAUGACAUCUUCUUGGGCUGGGAGAAGGGAACUGGGAAGAAAUGGGGUAAGAGUAAGAAGAAGGGAGGGACUGACCUGAGUCUUGAGGAAAUGAAGAAACAAGCCGCUGUGCAAUGCCUCCGCUCCGCAUCUGAUGAAAACUCUGGAAUUGAGAGCCUGGUUGAAGAGCUUUGCUCUAAACUUAAGGAUAUCCAAAACAAACAGAAAGAGGAAAAGCAGAUUCAAAAGAAAUCUGAUGGCUCUCAGUCUCCAGAGCGAGCUGAGUCCCCCUCUUCAAAGGACCAGGUGGAAAUGUAUUAUGAAGCCUUUCCUCCUUUGUCAGAGAAACCUGUUUGUCUCCAAGAGAUCAUGACGGUGUGGAACAAGGCAAAGACCUGCGCAUACUCAAGUUCUUCAUCCUCUGCAGCCCCACAGACCAGCACGGACACCUCCUCCCCAAAAGAUUGCAACAGUGAAGGUGAAGCUGCAAAGGAGAGAAAUCUAGACGCGUGUAUUGUCACCAGUGAACGAGGCCAGCAACGACGAAGCAAGAAGGAGAAGGAAAACCGUUAUCAUGGUGGCGCAGCAGCGGAGGAGAAAUCUACCGUCCACUCUAAGAGACAGACCAGACACAGAUCUGAGGGCAAAUACAGACCCAGAUCCUGGUCGUCAGGCUCUAGUGAGGCGGGCUCCAGCUCAAGUGGGAACCAGGGUGACACCAAGUCAUCCAGAAGCAAGGCAGUUAGAAUAAGGCACAAAUCCAGAGAGGCUGCAAAGAACAAGAGAACACGCAACAGUGGACAGGUGAAGCUCCAGGUGAAGGUAAUUGACAAAGACGAGCGAAGAAACACAGGGGGGAGCAGCAGCGGCGUCACCGGAAAUGCUGCAAAACAACCACAGCUUUACAAAAAGGGGAAGAGGCUGCUAAAGGAGAUUCGUAAAGAUCCAGGCUGGGUGGAAGCAAAAGAGUUCAGGGUUGAGGCCGCAGACAAAAAGGAAUACAUGGAGGAGCCACUUUGGUAUACUGAGCCCAUCACAGAGUAUUUUGUACCUUUCAGCAGCAGACAAAGCAAACUGGAAACAAAAUAUCGUAGUAAGAUAGACUCUUCAGACGGCUUUGCCAUGUCAACUGACAUGGAGAGGCUGCCGGAGAGAAUCCAGGGAAUCUGCAUUGCCAAUGAGAGCUACCAGAGAGCCUACCUUGCAGCAGGCUCGUUUGUGGAUGGGCACUUUGUGGAAGGGCCUGGUGAAGCAGAAGACGAAACUGCUGAUAUCACUGGGACCUCCAGCUGCCCUCAGCCAGAGGAUGGAGAUUUAGAUGACAAGCAUCUGUCUGAAUUCACUCACUUCUAUGAAGUUGAUAUUUAUCAAUCCAUAUUGGAUACUAGUGCCUCAGACUCAAUACAAGAGAGUCGGAUCUUAAGCAUGAUUCGACAAAAAAGCAAAGAGCAAGGAGACGUUGAGGCAGAUUGUUGUUUAGUGUUAGAUGGCUUUGAGCAGCAAGGGAAAAGUGCAAUACGGGAAGACUCACAGGAAGCUUCGGGAUCUGUUGGAUUCUUAAUGGAGGAUCUGGAAAACAUGGCUCAAGUGUGGGGAUGUUAUUCACCCUCUACUUCAGAAGAUAUCGAUGGAGAAAGCUUCGUAGGAGACUCUCCCAUUCGCCUCUCCCCCCUUCUCGAUAGUGUUUCGUUCACCCUGAGCAAACUAUCUGAAAAUGUGGAGGAGCCACCUGUUCCUGAAGCCACCGGUGAACCAUCUGGUUUGAACUCAUCCCGCUUCUCUCUUUUCGAGCUGCAGUAUGACAGUCCCACUUUCCCUUUUCCCCGCGACUCACUCACCGUUGGUCACGAAAACAACACAGAUUCUAGUAGCUGUCUCGACCCACAUUCUAAUAAACAGUCUCGUUUGCUAAUAUGGACCAAAAAUAGUGCCUUUGACGAAACUGAACACUGUUCUAACCUUUCAACUCGAACAUGCAGUCCGUGGUCACAUUCAGAGGAGACUCGUUCAGACAACGAGCAAGGAAAUGCUGCGACAGAGGAUGCUGCUCAAAUUGGCAACAAAGAGAUUGAUUGUAUGAUCCCUCCUCUCUCUGGUGCUUAUCUAGAGGAAGAAAUCUUGGAUUUUUUGCAAGCGGAGACUUGCCAGAAGUGUGAGGAGGUCAGCGUUGUCACAGCAUCCAAUCAGACCACCAAAAAAUCUAAAUUGGAGUCCAUUUGUGGAAUCGCAUUGGAAGAGGAUGAGAGUAAACAGUACAGCACUGGCAUGUUUUCAGACAACACAAACCAACAGAGUGAUGAUUACAGCUCAGGGAUAAUAAAGGACAUUUGGACUGCAAUUGGAGAUGGCAAAUCUGUAAUGUCAAGACAAGGAGUAGAAAUUCCAAGUGAGGGGCUAUUCUCAGAUGAGUCCGGCAGUUACUGCUGCAGCUGUCUGGAGGUGGAGGCAAAAGCCGUUCCAAUUCGGGGGCCUCAGAAAAAGGCAGUGCAGCGGUCAGAGUAUCACCUUUGGGAAGGCAAGAAACAAGAACAGGACCUAGCCAAAAACAAACUUUCAAAGGUAGAUGGUUCUGGGGAUUACAUGACUCCGUCCAAGCCCUGGGACUUGAGCUCUGACAAGGAGAGCACGUCAUUCAUCCUAGGAGGGGUGUAUGGAGAGCUGAAGACGCUGAGUGGUGAUAAAAAUUGGGCUGUCGUGCCGCCAAGUGACACCCAAGAUAGCCUGCUCAAGUGUGCCGCCGCAGCUGCAUCUGCUUCCAGCUCGGACAUGCUCACCAUCACUGGCACAGAUGUGUUCAUGAACAGGAGCAGCUGCUUUGCCCCUGGGCAGAGGCCCCUGUGGAGGCCUCUUGUGUCCUUUGGGCAGAGUGACCAGGCCAUCAAAGGAGGCGGAGAUGGAUUGAAUAAGGGAUUUUCUUUCAUCUUCCAUGAAGAUUUGCUUGGAUCGUACGGAGGCUUGCAUAGUGAGAAGCAAGGUUUAGAAUACCCGUUCGCAUCCUUCAACCUAAACAAUCCCUUCUCUCAAGUCCUCCAUGUUGAGUGUUCUUUUGAGCCUGAGGACAUGGCCUCUUUCAGUCCAGGAUUCAAGCCCAAAUCUAUUCUGUGCUCGGACUCGGAGAGUGAAGCGUUCCACCCACGAAUAUAUGGUAUCAACCGGACACAGUACAGGGCCAUUCGCAUUUCUCCCAGGACCCAUUUCCGACCAAUUUCGGCCUCUGAGUUGUCUCCUGUUGGAGUGAGCGAUUCGGAGGCUGAGACUGACAAAGAGGAGAUGAGUUUUCCCGUCCUGGCGCCGGUGGACGUCUUUGAUGAUCCUCAGGCAGACCUCAAACCUCUGGAAGAGGAUGCAGAAUGUGAGGGCCCUUAUUACGGGAAGUCAGAACUGGAAUCUGGUAAAUUUUUACCCAGAUUAAAGAAGUCUGGCAUGGAGAAGAGUGCCCAGACUUCUCUGGAUUCACAGGAGGGCUCCAGUACCCUCCUGCCAAUCGCUGAGCAAGAAAUUUGCUUAGACUGCAAAACGGCAGCAGCUGCAUCGACUGCUGGUGGACAGACGGAUGUCUCAGUAGACAAGAUUCAAAAAGAGGAGUCUUCAGAAGAAAAAGAGUCCUACUUAUGUGCACCAGCAUGUCAGAUCCCCAAGUAUGGGAUUGCGUAUGACUUUGUUGGAGAUGUGCCAGAGUUCCCUCUGUUAAAUAUAAGUGGACAGGGAGGAACAGGUAACCAGCAAGAUGAGUGCUGGUGGCAAACCACACUCUGCUCCCCCCUUUUCCCUGGAUCUCAAUGUACAGGGAGCAGCAACAUUUGAAAGCUACAGUUUUGAAGAGGAUGCCUGUCGUCAAGAGGAAACCCUCUUCUCCUUUUGUGACUGGACCUCUACCAGCAAAGAGACACCCGUUCAAAACCCCCACCCGCACAUAAACCCUGCUGGUUUUCAUUUACUAACUUAAAUCCAUGUGUAAUCAACAAUCAGAUCAACAAGAAGUGAGUGAAAAAUAGGAAAACUCAAAAAAUAUGUUCUGUCUUUGAGUGAUGCCAGUGAUGUGCGAACAUGCAUUUUAGAAUUUCAGUUGAUUCUUCUGUACACUGCUCCUCAUUCAAGUCUCUCAGUUAGUAAGUAGGGGCAAUCUUUUUUUCUAUCCUUGUCAGUUUUGUUCCCACCAAUUUGCUUUUGAACCAGGUUACUGGUAGUUGGUGGUGUCUGAAUGGUUGUGCAUGUUUGUUUGUCCAGCCAGUCUCACUCCUUUUUUCUAGUUAAACCUAACGUGUGAAACGACUGCAGUCGCAUCCUCUACUUUCCAUCUUGUGUUCAGAAAGGCAAAAUAAAGGAUGUUGGGGUUUUUGAGUUGUGUAAAAGUUUGAGAGUUACACUGAGCUAGUUUGGUUGGAAGACUUUCUGAAUGUGAAGUAGAGAAUGGGUGCAGAUUUCUUCUAAAUAUCCGUAAAUUCCCCACGUGUGAGAAGUUACUAUAAAUGAGUCUGAUUUUUGAAUGGUGAUAGUCUUUCAAAAGCUAGUAGUAGACUUAGUACGGUUUGUGAAGCUAAAAUAAUAAAAAUUCUUCAAAAAUAAUUAAAAAAAGGAAAUCAAAAAUAUGUUUUGUUGGCAAAAAUACAAAUAAUCUAAUUGAAAUGCAAUGCUGUAAAAGAUUUAGGGGGGAGAAAAAAAGGUUUGUGAAAAGACAUGACACGACAGCCAUUUCUGCAGACACCUGCGUUGCAACUGAAUGAAACCGUUUUUUUUUUUUUUGUCAUUUCUAUGGUACAGACUAUUGGUGCUAUAAAUAUGUUCAAAUAUCUUUUUGAAGAUCCAUUAUAUGGCUGACGUAGACGGCAAAGCCCAGUUUUGUUUGUAGUCCAGACAGUCGAGACUCCAUGAAUAUAUUUUUACGAAAGUUGUUAAAGAGGAAAAACUGUUCUAAAUGUGGCUUGGUUUUUAUUUUGAGGUAGCUGCUUAGUUGUCAGGCCUGUAACAGCUGAAACAGAAAAGCCCUGCAGGUAUUUAAAUCUUGUGUUUUUAUCACAUCCUUUCAGUCCAUUGUCUCCAAGCAGAAAGGACAAAUUCUGCAUCAAGCAAAUCAAUUGUCCAUGCUACAACUAAACUAAAUCUAUAACAAAACAAAUAGCGGGGCAAUGUUUAAACCAAAAACAUACAUUACAUCAUCACACUAACAUACAAAUGCUUUUUUCAUGUGACGUGUGUUUUUAUUUUUAUUUUCUUUGGUUUACAAUAUAUCUUGUCGGAAUAUUAAGUAAUGUCUCACUGUGUUUGUCAGCAUAGAACUUGUGAUGGCACCGGUUCAGAGUGAGUGUCUGAGAACUUUAUCUCAGAGAAAUGUGACCCUGUGCAGAUGCGCACAUUCACAGAAAUGCAAACAUGUUCGGGGAAUUAAAAAAAAAAAUUAAAAAAAAAACCUGAAGAGAUUAGUGUUGAGGUGUGGUUUGCUGACCUUUUGUGUGACCUGUGCUUUGAAAAUUAAAUUUAGUUAAAGCAUUUACAGAUCAAUUUUUUUUAACAGGUUUUGAGGACAGUAGCAGGGCAGUUUAUUUGUCUCAUACUUUGAUACUGAAGCACAGAUGAACUCAAACCAUCCCUCCAUUAAUGAGUAAUUAGAAAUAAUGCACUGUCGCAGGUGAAGGUGUCUCUAUUCCCAGCAUGGCUUUGGAAGUGGCUUCCUCGUUUUGACAAAUGCAAAGAGUAAAGGCCCACUGCAUUUUUUUUUUCUUCCCCUCAAUCCGAUGCCACCCUAACCCCCAGUAGCUGAAUGAAAGGUACUCAACUUCAGGGUCAUGUCCCAUUUCUUUGACAGUCAUCAGACACUCAGGAAUUUUUUACAAGCAUAACUGCAUAAUCCACCCAUCGGACCUGUGACAGUGCAUUAAUGUUAAACAUUUCUUUGAUUGUAGAGCAGAAAUUACUGACAGUUCUCUCCCAGCAAACCACAGAGAGGACUGUUGUUAAUUUUGAGCUAUAGGUUUAGGAAAAAAAACAAAAGAACUAAGCCAUUGAGAUUGCAUAAGCAAUGCGGAGGGGAAUCCCAAAAACCCUGAGUCCUAUGCAAUUCCUUGGCGCAUGUAAACAGUCAACAGUAUAUGAAGAGAAGUCAUUCAGUUCAUUUUGCAUGUUGAUAAAUUAUGAGUGAGGGACAAGUGAGAAAAAAACAACAACCAAGGAAUGUCCCUAAAAAAGGAGCAUGCAAACAUCACACUCCAUCUUCUUAUGUUGGGUUGAACAAAAUAGUUUUGGUUGAAGUAAAAAAUAUUACGAGUGAGGUUGCGUCAAUGAGUGAAAGAAUGUGAUGCUUGUUUGUGUGAAUGUUUGUGAGUGUGUGAAUGUAUGCAAGAGGCUGAGUCACAAAAGGCACUUAUUGGGAUUUGAAAGGAACGCAUCACACCUUUCCUCAUUUAAUUCUUCCAUUUUGAUAGGCCGUAUUUAAAGAAGAAAAAAAAGAGAGAAAAAAAAAACAGCGUAUGAAGAGAAAA